CUUAACCUUAUCAAUGUCAAUGUAAGACUGAACACCAAACAACACCACAACCUUGAAUAAUAUAUACUACCCACGGAGUACAUGGAUUUGCCACCAUAAAAGUUUACGAAUAGAUUCGCAAAUCAGUGAUGUGUGGUAUUUACGCGUCGAUAUCCACGCGAGGAUUGCAAAUUCCAAGUCAUGCUUUGAAACACUCCCUUUGCAACAGAGGUCCUGAUCACACGGGUUCGGCACAAACAAAUUUCACUUCAAGUGAUGGAACGCCAUAUUAUUUAUCUUUUUUAUCAACAGUCUUAGCUUUGAGAGGAGAUCACAUCACUGCACAACCAUUUGAUGGUUCAGCCGUCAUUAACGCACCUGCCCCCAAUCCCGGCUCAAUCCUUUGCUGGAAUGGUGAGGCAUGGAAGGUUGGUGGCGAGCUUGUUAAUGGUAAUGAUGGUCAAGUCAUAUAUGACAUACUUGUAAAAGCUGUUUCAACAGCCACCUCGGCCUCAGAUGCAACACUAGCUGUGCUUAAGAUCUUACGAGGCAUUUCUGGACCAUUUGCAUUUGUCUUUUGGGAUAGUCUCCAUGGUACUUUAUAUUGCGGCCGAGAUCGCCUUGGUCGCAGAUCUCUUCUUUACAAUGUUGAAAACAAAUCCGAAAAUAUGGGACAAUCUGAAUAUAUAGAGUUUGCUAGUACAGCAGAUCCUGCUAAAGGCAACUGGAAAGAAAUAGAAGCAGAUGGCAUCUACAUAUUUUCCUGUGAUGAUAAGACUAGCCUUUCUCUUCCCAAAUCAGAUUCUCAUGACCUUUCUAUCUCAACAUCACCAUUGCCAUAUCAAAGGUUUGAGUGGGAGGAGGAUUCCGAGGCCGACGCGUCAGUGGGUAUUCCUCUUGGUUGUCAAGCCUUGUCACAUCGGCUGUAAUUAUGUUAUAAUAAGACUAAUACUAACUCGAAAAUCGCAGGCUCCCUCACUUGGCAAGUUCAACAGAACUUUCGAAGACGGAACUCAUAUUCUAAACCUUGAUUCCCCAUCAGUGAUGUCAUUACGGCAUCAUCUAUGUGAGUCUCUGAGACCCAGGGUUCUGACUAUUCCUACUCCCCCAAGCAUAGGUCACUCUCACAAUGUCAGACUAGCAAUUUUAUUCUCAGGUGGACUUGAUUGCACAGUUUUGGCAAGAUUGGCACAUAAUUUACUACCAUUAGAUCAAGAGGUUGAUCUCCUCAACGUUGCCUUUGAAAAUCCGCGUGUUAUCAAAGCUGCGCAGAAUGGACCGCGACUGAAGAAAGGGGCACAACCCUCGCCUCUAGAUGCCAACGAAAUUUCGGACAAUAUAGCUUCUCCAUAUGAGCUCUGCCCUGAUAGAGAAACAGGGAGGAAAGCUCAUCAGGAGCUUCAAAAUAUUUGCCCUGGCCGAACCUGGCGAUUUGUUGCAGUGAGUCGACGUUCAAGUAUACUUUGGAAGGGAAGAACUGAAGCAAACUAGAUAAAUAUUCCUUACGCGGAGACAAUGGAGCACAGAGCUAGAAUCGUAGAUUUAAUUCAUCCACAUAAUACGGAAAUGGAUUUGUCGAUAGCCUUCGCCUUAUACUUUGCUUCUCGCGGUGUUGGUCUAGCAUCGACAAAAGAUGGCAUAGAAGAAAUUCUAUAUACAACGCCCGCACGUGUUCUUUUAUCCGGACUUGGCGCAGAUGAGUUGUUCGGUGGCUAUAUACGUCACGCAACAGCAUUCAAUCGAAAUGGCUUUUCUGCCCUUCUAGAUGAACUAGAAUUAGAUGUGAAUAGACUUGGCAAACGAAAUCUUGGUCGAGAUGAUCGUGUAAUAUCACACUGGGGAAGAGAAGCUCGAUUCCCAUAUUUGGAUGAAGAUUUAGUCAAAUGGGCUGUUGAGUCUCCUAUAUGGGAUAAAUGUGGUUUUACAUCUGGAUCUCAAGGCCCUGAAACGCCUGAAAUAGAGCCGGGCAAGAAAGUGUUAAGACUUCUAGCUUAUGAUUUAGGUAUGAAGUCGGUUGCUACAGAAAAGAAACGCGCUGUGAGUAUCUCCUCCUAUCUAAUUUCUUCCAUUUAAACUAUUACUUACACCAUCAGAUACAAUUUGGCGCCCGAACAGCAAAGAUGGAAAUUGGACGAACGAAAGGAACUACAUUAAUUUCAUAACUUCUUACAUUUCUCAUACAUUUUCUCCUAUCAGAGACAAUCUACCACAUCAAAAUUCCACUCAAUAAACAUUCAUUUCCACUUAUUUUGUUGCGCAAUGAUGAAAAACCAGAUACUGCUGAAUCGUUCAGUGUGCCAACGGGAGCUCAUUCAUACAUGACCUCUUCUCCAGUGUUUAAACUUUUACAUUUUGUGGAGAAGUGGUAACCAGAGAGAGACAUGGAAUGCCGUUGGAGGUACACACUGGCUUUUAUGAAGUAGUAAAGGCAAGCCUGAGCCAACUUUUUGUUUUGAGUGUUUAGAUUUUUUGGGGGAUAGGAUGGAAUGUGUAGAGUCUAGACACACUGAAUGAAUGAAGUCAUAUGUUAUGGCCUCGAAGUGCUUAGCUAGUGGUUUAUUUGAUUGAGUACCUAUGGAGGAAAGGGGGUUGUGCGAAUUAAUAAUAGUCCUGCUUUUUUCUCGAGAGCUACUAGGUA